CAGCGAAGUUCAAAUCCGUGGUGAUCCCGGUUGGUGGUCGCUGAUGUUGGGGCGCCAUGGUUUUGCCAUGGUCCUUUUUAGCUCCUUGCGGAGGGCAGCAACUCAACCCUUACAGCGUCACCAGCUGCCGGUCUCGGCAUGGCGAAAGAAUUCUCGAAGUUGUAUCCAACUUGGUGAUGUGAGAUCCUUUAAGGAAUCGGGUCACACAGGUGACGCAGAUGAGUUGCUGUGCGCCGUGGGAGGCAUCAUUGGUUCGGAACUCCCAGACCGCGUCGCAAGGAAAGAGCUCUUCGAAGCCCAUGCUGUGGCCAGAGUCGUGGAUCGACACUUCCCUGAGGAAACUGAAAUCACCGAGUUCUGUGCAGGUUGCGGUUUGUUGGGGAUUUUCUUGAUGCUAUUGAAUCCUCGGCGACGAGUGCGAUGUUCAGACAAGAAGAAACAGCUCUUAGCUUGCCGCCUGCAAGAUGCAUUGACAGUACACUGGCCAUUUCUGCAGGGAAUCACCUGGGAGGAGGAGGAUGCCAGGCAUGGGCAGCUCAAGACGAGAGGGGAACUGGUGGCAUCCUGCCAUGCCUGCAGCGUCCUCUCCGAUGAGGUCAUCCUGACAGCGAGGCGCGGCAGGUCGCCGCUGGUGUUGGUGCCAUGCUGCUAUCAGAAGGCCCCACGGUUGCCUCGCGAAGUGGGAUGGCCUUGGUUGCCCAACUGGUCCUGGAAAAGGUGGCCAUGGUUGGAAGAGGGGAGUAUCAAUGCACAAGGACGAGAUGCCAUCCACGCGGCUAGAGUCAAGUGUUUGGAGGAGGAUGGUUAUGAAGUUUGGGAAGAAUUUAUCGACCCAAACAUCUCCAAGAUGAACAUGGCAAUUGUUGCACAACCAACCUAGGAGCCACACAAAGCUGAACGGAACUCAGAUCCGUCCACAAACGGCUUCAGCUCGCUUCAGCGCCCUGAUCUGAUGGUGAAUCUUGAUGAAUCUUGAGCAUUUGACAUCGACAUCACUGUGGCCAUUGAAGGCCUAAGGGCCUAAGGCUUGGCCUAGGGCCAUCCUAAAGCCUUAUGGAAUUCUUAUGGCUACGAUCGCACCCUACCGGGCACCUCCGGAGCAGCCAUGGUGAGCCGAGCAGCUGACCGGGAUGCCGCUGCUUGGAAAA